UCAUAAGUUAAUUUCCAAACAGCGCAUGACUUAGCAGGAGCGCGUUUUGUUAUGGAGUAAGUGCAACCAUAGCAACCUGCAUUUGUUUUCCACUUCCUCAUUCACUUAGUUUCUUUUCUUAAUUGUUGGAAAAAUAUAAAAGUUCUUCGCUGUAAAGUGUACAAAUUUCGUAAAAUAUGCAGGGAGAUCAACACGAACUAAACACUUUACCUGUAACCACAUUUCAAUCGGAUGAUUUAUUGGAAAAGUUGAAAAUGCUGAAUUAUGAAAAACAAUUGUUGAAUGAAUUCAAAAUGAAACCACUCUCGCGUUUCUACUUUGUCAAAUCGUUCAAUCCGGGCGAGCAGUUUUUCAUGUUUACUCUCAUUUGUUGGUGGUUAUGCCGCAAGUUGGGCAAGGAGAUGGAUAGACCGCAGGAAUUUGACGAUCCGAACACAGUGGUUGCCAAAAUUGUACAAAUAUUGGAUAAUAUGGACGUGCAAGUAGACUUUCCGCCCAAUAAACUUAUACGCGGCGCAGGGCCCAGUUGUCUGACCGUUUUGGACAUACUCGCAACGCAAGCGUCCAAAGUGGCGCAGAUAAGCUACAACCGCCCACAUAUAGCGCAAGAGGAUGAAGUCGCUGCUGAUUACUUGGAGGAUAAUGCCGAAAUUAUUUUGGAAAAACUAGAAGAUGAACAGAAUGCCGCGCUGAGUGAUGAUAGCGACAUGGAGGUCAACGGCGGUGGUGGUUUUAAAAAUCUCAAUUGGAUUAACCGUGCUCGCCGUGCAGAGCGUAACCACAAUAUAGAUUUACCCGAUGAUAAUCGAACGGCUGAGCGUUUUACCGAUCAGCAGCAAUGGAGACAGGAGUUCGAGCGUGUGCUGCCACAUCUGAAAGUCUACGUAAAAGCUGAUGCUCGCGAUUGGCGUACACAUUUGAGCCAAAUAGAGUCGUUGAAGGGUAACAUCGAUGAGUGUUCCGAGGAUACUCAAACACAAUUGAAAAAGUUGCACAGUGAAUUCACUUUUAGUUUGGAGAAGAUCGAAAGUCGUGAGAAACAUUUGAAUAAUGAAUUACAAUCCUACGUACGUCAGUUUAAGGAAAUCUCAAUUGAGCUGUCCAAUGUGCAGCACGCACAAUCUCAGGUGCAAACCGAUACAGAGGCUUUGAUGACACAAUUGAAUACAGUUGUACAGGAGAAUGACAUAAAGAAAAGCGAAAUGGAACGUCGUGGCCAAUCAAUGUCCGAUGGCAGCUCGGUGGUGAAUAUAAAGAAGGCAAUAAAUAAGCUAAAAGAAGAUACAGCGCAAUUAAAUUUGGAGGUAGCUCUGCUGGUGCAUGGCAUUGAUCAGGAUAUUCUGCGACAAGCUGGCGGGUUCACUGAUGUCGAUUCUGGCUAUGAUUCGGGAACUGCUAAGGCAUUUUAAAGGAUAAAUAUCGGAUGAUAAAUAUUGAAUUUAUGGCAUUUAUUAUUAAUAAUGAUAAUUUAAUAUAUUUUAUUUAAAGCUGCAAUUCCACAGAGUUAAAUAAAUUGAAA